AUGGUCAGAGGAGCCCGGCAGCCUCAGCAGCCGCGGAGUCGCCUGGCCGCCAGACUGACUGGCACAGUGGAGAAGCCACCUCGGAAACGGAGAAGCAGGACUGAAUUUGCUCUUCAAGAAAUCAUGAGCGUUGGAGGCGCUGAAGAUGACAUCCCACAGGGAGAGAGGAAAACAGUCACUGAUUUUUGUUAUCUUCUGGAUAAAUCGAAGCAGCUAUUCAAUGGGUUAAGAGAUUUGCCACAAUAUGGGCAGAAGCAGUGGCAAUCCUAUUUUGGAAGAACUUUUGAUGUUUACACCAAACUCUGGAAGUUCCAGCAGCAGCACCGACAAGUCUUGGAUAAUCGAUAUGGCUUGAAGCGGUGGCAAAUAGGGGAAAUUGCUUCUAAGAUUGGGCAGCUAUACUACCAUUAUUACUUACGCACAUCUGAGACCAGCUAUCUGAAUGAGGCUUUCUCCUUCUAUUCUGCAAUCAGACAGAGAUCUUACUAUUCUCAAGUCAAUAAAGAAGACAGACCUGAGUUGGUAGUUAAGAAGCUGCGAUACUAUGCAAGAUUUAUAGUAGUUUGUCUUCUUCUCAACAAAAUGGAUGUGGUAAAGGAUCUGGUGAAGGAAUUGUCCGAUGAAAUUGAAGAUUACACUCACCGCUUUAAUACUGAAGAUCAAGUGGAGUGGAACCUGGUGCUUCAGGAAGUGGCAGCUUUUAUCGAGGCAGACCCCGUGAUGAUACUGAAUGACGAUGAUACCAUUGUUUCCACAUCGAACCGCCUUGCUGACACAGGAGCCCCCCUGCUGGAACAGGGCAUGAUUGUGGGGCAGCUGUCCCUGGCUGACGCACUCCUUAUUGGUAAUUGUAGUAACCAGGUUAAAUUCAGUGAACUAACAGUUGACAUGUUCCGGAUGUUACAAGCCCUGGAAAGGGAGCCAAUGAAUUUAGCUUCCCAGAUGAAUAAGCCAGGAAUGCAGGAUUCAGCUGACAAGCCUACCAGGCGAGAAAAUCCCCACAAGUACCUGCUCUACAAACCCACCUUCAGCCAACUGUACACAUUCUUAGCAUCAUCUUUUAAGGAGCUGCCUGCCAAUAGCGUGCUUCUGAUUUACCUGUCAGCCACUGGCGUUUUCCCAACAGGUCGUUCUGAUAGUGAAGGUCCUUAUGAUUUUGGAGGGGUACUUACUAAUAGUAAUCGGGAUAUUAUAAACGGAGAUGCCAUCCACAAACGCAAUCAAUCCCACAAAGAAAUGCACUGCCUCCAUCCUGGAGAUCUCUACCCCUUCACGAGGAAGCCCCUGUUUAUCAUCGUGGAUUCAUCGAAUAGUGUCGCAUACAAGAAUUUCACAAACUUAUUUGGACAGCCACUAGUCUGCUUGCUUUCUCCUACAGCAUAUCCAAAAGCUUUACAAGAUCAAUCUCAGCGAGGUAGCCUCUUCACGCUCUUUUUGAACAAUCCUCUAAUGGCCUUCCUAUUUGUCUCUGGAUUGUCAAGCAUGCGCAGAGGCCUGUGGGAAAAGUGUCAAGAAUAUCUUCGAAAAAUCAACCGCGAUAUUGCCCAGCUACUGACCCAUUCACGUUCAAUAGAUCAGGCAUUCCUCCAGUUUUUUGGAGAUGAAUUUCUUCGCUUGCUUCUCACAAGAUUUGUCUUUUGUUCAGCCACCAUGAGGAUGCACAAGAUUUUUCGGGAAACACGGAAUUACCCAGAAUCCUAUCCACAACUGCCAAGGGAUGAAACAGUGGAGAACCCUCAUCUCCAGAAGCACAUUUUGGAAUUGGCAUCCAUUCUGGAUGUUCGAAACGUGUUCUUUGAAAAUACCUUGGAUGACUAUUAA